CUGCACUCCCACAAUGCAGAGCGCAUGGCGCGUCAUUGGAGAGGGACGAUGAUGGCGGCGGUCGGUGCACCAGAAGUGAUCACACAGCUGGAAAGCGCUGCCAAAGUUUUAAUGGCACCGCCGUCCAUGGUCAGCACAGAACAGAGGCAACAUGCGGAACACGUGUUCCUCUCCUUCAGGAAGUCCAAAUCUCCUUUUGCCAUCUGCAAGCACAUCUUAGAGACCAGUAAGGUCGACUAUGUGCUGUUCCAGGCAGCCACAGCCAUCAUGGAGGCUGUUGUGCGGGAGUGGAUCCUGCUGGAGAAGACCAGCAUCGAGUCGCUGCGGACAUUCCUCCUCACCUACGUCUUACAGAGACCCAAUGUGCAGAAGUAUGUCCGUGAGCAGAUCCUUUUGGCUGUGGCGGUCAUCGUGAAGAGAGGCUCUCUCGACAAAUCCAUCAACUGCAAAAGCAUCUUUCUCGAGGUCGGACAGCUCAUAAGCAGCGGGAACCCCACAGUGCAAACUCUGGCCUGCUCUAUCCUGACGGCUCUGCUCAGCGAGUUCUCCAGCUCCAGUAAAACCAGCAGCAUCGGCCUCAGCAUGGAGUUUCACGGCAGCUGCAAGCGAGUGUUCCAGGAGGAAAGCCUGCGUCAGAUCUUCAUGUUGACCAUGGAGGUGCUGCAGGAGUUCAGCCGCAGAGAAAACCUCAACGCCCAGAUGUCGUCUGUCUUCCAGCGUUACCUGGCUCUGGCCAACCAGGUCCUCAGCUGGAAUUUCCUGCCGCCCAAUCUGGGGCGCCACUACAUCGCGAUGUUUGAGGCCACGCAGAACGUCACGCUGAAGCCUGGGGAGUCCUGGAGGGAAGCGCUGCUGGACACCCGUGUCAUGGACCUCUUCUUCACCGUGCACAGGAAGACUCGGGAGGACUCGGACAUGGCGCAGGACUCGCUGCAGUGCCUGGCCCAGCUGGCCUCCAUGCACGGGCCCAUCUUCCCAGACGAGAGCGCCCAGGUCUCCUACCUGGCUCACCUGGUGGAGGGCCUGCUGAGCAUGAUCAACGGGAUUGAGAUCGAGGACUCGGAGGCAGUGGGCAUCUCCAAUAUCAUCUCCAAUCUCAUCACCAUGUUCCCUAGAAGUAUUUUAACAGCACUGCCCAGCGAUCUCUUCACCUCCUUCAUCAACUGCCUCACUCUGCUCACCUGCUCGUUUGGACGCAGCGCCGCCCUGGAGGAGGUGCUGGAUAAGGACGACAUGGUUUACAUGGAGGCCUACGACAAGCUGCUGGAGUCCUGGCUCACGCUCGUCCAGGACGAGGAGCAUUUUCCUCGCGGUUGCUUCGUGCAGCCGGCGAUCCAGGUCUUCAACUCGUAUAUCCAGUGUCACCUGGCUGCUCCUGACGGCACACGCAACCUGUCAGUGAAUGGCCUAUCGUCUCAUGAUGAGGAGGAGAUCAAUGAGCUGCAGGAAGAUGACAGGGAGCUGUUCUCAGACCAGCUGUCCAGCAUCGGCAUGCUGGGACGUGUAGCUGCUGACCACUGUAUCCCCCUGCUAACAAACCUGUUGGAGGACCGGGUGACACGGCUUCACGGUCAACUCCAGAGGACACAGCAGCACCUCAUGGCGACGUCUGACCCUGGAUCAAUGGACCGCAAAUACCUGGACGACCUCUACGAGGACAUCCACUGGAUCAUACUGGUCUCAGGGUAUCUGUUAGCAGACGACCCUCAAGGUGAAACUCCGUUGAUCCCCUCAGAGGUGAUGGAGUUCUCCAUCAAACACUCAACAGAGGUCGACAUCAACACAACGCUGCAGAUCCUGGGCUCGCCGGGGGAGAAGGCUACAUCCAUACCAGGCUGCAACCGCACAGACUCCGUCAUCAGGUUACUGUCAGCGGUGCUGCGGACGUCAGAGGUUGAAUCUAGGGCGACCAGAGCGAGCCUGACGGAGCUGCUGAGUCCACAGAUGGGAAAAGACAUCAUGUGGUUCCUCCGACGCUGGGCCAAGACGUACCUGCUGGUGGAUGAGAAACUAUAUGAGCAGAUCAGUGUCCCCCUGAGCACAGCAUUCGGUGCAGAUACAGAAGGGGCCCAGUGGAUUGUGGGAUAUCUUCUGGAGAAGGUGAUCAACAAUCUGUCGGUGUGGAGCGCAGAGGCUGAGCUGGCCAAUGACACCGUGGAGCUGCUGGUGACGCUGGUGGAGAAGAGGGAGAGGGCGAACAUUGUGGUGCAGUGUGAGAGCUGGUGGAACCUGGCGAAGCAGUUUGCCAGUCGCAGUCCGCCCCUCCACCUGCUGUCCAGCUCUGUGCAGAGGACACUGAUGAAGGCGCUGGUCCUCGGAGGCUUUGCUCACAUGGACUCUGACACCAAACAGCAAUACUGGGCUGAGGUGCUUCACCCUCUUCAGCAGCGUUUCCUCAACCUCAUUAACCAGGAGAACUUCGCUCAGAUCAGCCAGGAAGAAGCCGUCAAACAGGAAAUCGUCGCCACGUUAGAGGCGCUGUGCGGCAUCGCAGAGGCGACGCAGAUCGACAACGUUGCCUCGCUCUUCUCCUUCCUCAUGGACUUCCUGUCCAGCUGCAUUGGCCUCAUGGAGGUUUACAGCAACACGCCCGAGACAAUCAACCUCAUUAUUGAGGUUUUUGUGGAAGUGGCUCACAAGCAGAUCUGCUACCUGGGAGAGACCAAGUCCAUGAAGCUGUACGAGGCGUGUCUGACGUUACUGCAAGUCUACUCCAAAAAUAACCAGAGUCGGAAACGAAACGAUGCCGCGGCAGAGGAGGACCAGUAUCAGGACCUGCUGCUCAUCAUGGAGCUGCUCACCAACCUGCUGUCCAAAGAGUUCAUUGACUUCAGCGACACAGACGAGGUGUUUCGGAACCAAGACCAGGGAACACCAGCCUCCAGCCGCACGGUAUCGGCAGCAGAUGUGGUUCUUUACGGCGUCAACAUUGUUCUUCCGCUCAUGUCUCAGGACCUGCUCAAGUUCCCGUCUCUGUGUAACCAGUAUUACAAGCUCAUCACCUUCAUCUGUGAGAUCUUCCCAGAAAAGAUUCCACAGCUGCCUGAAGACCUCUUCAAGAGCCUCAUGUUCUCGCUGGAGCUCGGAAUGACUGCGAUGAGUUCAGAAAUCAGUCAGCUGUGUUUGGAGGCUUUGUCUCCUCUGGCUGAACAGUGUGCCAAAAACCAGGAGAAGGACACGCCUCUCUUCAUUGCCACCCGUCACUUCCUUAAGUUGGUGUUUGACAUGCUGGUUUUGCAAAAGCACAACACAGAGAUGACGGUGGCGGCAGGAGAAGCUCUUUACACACUCGUGUGCCUGCACCAGGCGGAGUACUUGGAGCUGGUGGAGACGCUGCUCUCCUCUCAAAGAGAUGCCGUCAUCUACCAGCGGCUGGCCGACGCCUUCAACACGCUGACGGCGAGCAGCACGCCGCCCACCAUGGACCGAAAGCAGAAGGUUGCCUUCCUUAAGAGCCUGGAGGAGUUUGUGGCCAACGUUGGCGGCCUGCUCUGCGUCAAAUAACCACUGGAAACCGCCUCUGCCUCGAAUCGUCAUUUUUGAAAAGCAAACCUCCCCCCUCACGCCCCCUUUCAUCCCUAUGAACUAUGGGUAAAAGAGACAGCUCUGAGGACCUUGUUGUCUCUGCGCCUGCUGGGGAAUCCAUCUCAUGCCUGAAUGUCGACCGGGUUUUCACCUCCUUGGAUUCCUUUUUUUAUUUUCACCCCACAGCCACCAUCCUGUCUUGCACCACCCCCACCAGCAUGAUUGACAAAUUUCAUGAUGAUGAUGAUGAUGAUGAUGAUGAUGAUGUGGUUACCAUAGAGACAAACUGCAGAGCAGACAGACUCAGUCGGAGGAUCACGCCCUGUUGGUCUGAAGCGACAGAGCGCUGAGUAUCAUGACCACGAGAGACAGAGCAGAGGCUGAUGUUGACAGGGUCCACCCCCACCCCCACACCUCCUCAUGUGCCUGGAGGUCUACAGAAUACACACACACACACACACACACACACACACACACACACACACACACACACACACAGUCUCAUCAAGGGUCAAACAGUUUGCUGUUAUUGAAAAGUGAAGAAGAUUUUUCCAGUGUGAGGUUUCGUAGAUGAAGGUAGAGGGGCUUUGUGGACCCACUUCAUUUAAACAGUUCCCACUUUACCAAACACACACACACACAUAUGCAUACACACACACACACACACACACACUUCGCCCCAAUCCUUCCCAGAGUGCCUUUGUUUUGUUGAUUGUUCUGCGCGCGUGUGUGUGUGUGUGGAUCAUGUCACAUGUCAACUGACAACAAAUGUCAGCUGUGCCUGUCAUUCGCUAAAAAAAACACAGCGGAUGCGCGCACAUACAUACACUCACACACACACAAAAUCACACACACACACAAAAGCACACACACACACACGUGCACACAACAGACACACACACAAUAAGUGUUGCCAUGACAACAAAGGUAUGGCCCAGCCUGGGCUCACUGAACCACGGAGCACAGGAGGGCGUGCGUUUGUUGGCGAUUACAGAAAACCAAAAUCAUAUUUGCAUUUGACUAAAGGAUGUACAUAUAUAUAUAUAUAUAUAUAUAUAUAAUAUGUUUUCAGACCAGAAACCACAAGAAAUUUUCGUUCAAAGACGAAAAAGAAAAACAGACCGAGAUGUUUUUAUAUGCCAGCAGACGGCUGGAAAAGUUGUACGAGUUCGACAUUGUAUGAAUUCAUCUAAAGAGGGAGCGACCGUCUCUGUUUGACCUUUUUGCAGUUUGAUAUUUUGGAUCGUAGAAUUAGGUUGCAGCCCCUCCUCCCUCCCUCCGGACAGACGAAGGCCCGCGAGACGGAUGGAGCCUCUAGAGUUUAGCAGAUUCAUUUCAGUGGUAAAGUUUUUUUCCUACAGCAGCACAUCCACCGUAUCACUCUUCAGCACACACUGGAUUGAAGCAGAGACUGUUUAAGGACAGCAAUAAGAAACCAAAUAAAAAGGAGCAGAGCCACUCAGAGCAUCAUGUUGGACACAGAUUCCUCCUCGUUCCAAUCCUGGUUGUUGUAGAAUGGCUGUUUUGUUAAUGAAGUGUAAAAGUGUACAUAAACUUAUUGUAUAAAA